CCCAUAUCUAAGGCUGUAGGUUUCUGGUUACUCCUGCUCUUACUUGGGCUUGCAGCUCGGCUGUGCCAUUGUAAAAUAUGCUAUCUGAUCUACAUUUAGUCUUAGAGAAUCUGCUAUGAGCCUUUGGAACUAAAGAUUCCCUCUUUGGGAAGGUAGGAGGGAAUCUAUGUUAGUUCGUCACUUUCACCAGUACAGGAUGGACUUUGGAUUCUGUUGUUGAUUAUUAAAUAUAAGCAAAACCGAUAACAUCUGACUGAAUAAGAAAGUGUUGUGUGGGCUUAACGAAAUGCGUAUUUGAGCAGUUUUUGCAGGGAUGUUACUUAUUAAAUUGUAUGUGAUUCCACUAAAGUAUCAAGCGCGUUAUUAUAAAAAAAAAAACGACAGUCGAAUUAGCUUGCCUCUCGGUGUUCACGGGGAUUUAGCCUUGUUUUUGUCCUUGGAAAAAAAAAUACAUAUAUAUCAUUCUUUCACUUCUUUACGACUUCCAACAUUAUAUUUAACUGCUAAAAGUAAAGACUUUUUUCAUACUGGUUCUAUUUCGGUGAGGCGCCUGCGCGAGGCGUGUGAGUCACGCGAAAGCCACCUCACAAUAAAACACAUCCUUCCACCUUUCGAAGAAACAGUAAACAGUUUUUUGUGAUAGGCACAUAUGGAUAGUUUUUAUACUUCAAAACAAACUAUAAACAAGCGAGUUAAAAGAAACCACAAUUUUCUGCAAUUAUAUUUCUGUUACUUGGCUUCUCGUUGUGUAAGAAGUAAUAUUGGGGACUUUGGGGAUUAUUUUGUCUUUGCUGUGGCGGAUGAAGAUUUCUGAGGGCGGCGAUGUGGUCAAGAUGGCGGCGCCCUGUGGAGUAGAGCUACUGUAAUAGCAGUGGUGCCUGGCCCAGGGACUGGGACUCGCCCCAGUGGGACAGGAAGCUGCAUCACUGGAGCCUCCCCCCACCCCACAAUUCACUUGACCACAAUUGCUCUUGCAUCUACUCAACCCCCCCCCUUUUCGGUAGCCAUGUCGCGGGAGCAGUUCAACAUCGGGGAUGUCCUCCCUCUUCUGGAAUCCUCAGACUUGCACGAACUUGAUGAGAUCAAGAGUUUAAUUAACGAGCACCUCAGCACAGAUCGUGGCUCUGUGCUCCUGAACAGCCUGGUCGAUUACUACCUAGAAACGGGUUCCCCUCAGACCCAGCACAUCCUGUCCUCUGUGAGGGAACCACACGACAAGCAUCUUCUGGAAAAGAUAAAUGAAUGCAUGAACAAGCAGGCAUGCCGCCUUCACGCACUCACCCUGCUGGGACACAUCAUCCGCAAGCAGCCUCCCUGGAUCCACAAGAUUGCGCGCUUCCCUCUUUUCUCCUCGCUCCUGAAAUGCCUGAAGACGGACUCCAAUAUCGUAGUGCUUAUAACCGGGGUCCUGGUGUUGAUCACCCUGCUGCCCAUAGUCCCGCAGGUCGGCAAACAGCAUCUUUGCGAGUUCUUCGACAUCUUCGGCCGCCUGGCAGCCUGGAGUCCGAAAAAUCAAGGUCACGUGACAGACGUUUAUCUGAUCCACCUGCAUGCCAGCGUCUACUCGCUUCUUCACCGGCUCUAUGGCAUGUUCCCCUGCAACUUCGUCUCCUACCUGCGCUCUCACUACAGUAUGAAGGAGAACAUGGACACAUUCGAGGAGGUGGUCAAGCCCAUGCUGGAACACGUGCGGAUACACCCGGAAUUAGUGACUGGAACCAAGGACCAUGAGCUCGACCCCACAAGGUGGAAGCGGUUCGAGGUCCAUGACAUCGUCAUCGAGUGCGCCAAGGUGUCCCUGGACCCUAAGGAGGCUUCUUGUGAGGAGGGCUACGUGAACAUUCCAGAGCGCAGUCACCCUCCCUUGAAGCUUCGUUACCUGGACUGCACCACCAGCCCCUACUCUGACCUCCACACCAGCUUCGGAAGCUCUUCCUCAACUUCUUUUUCUGCCCUACGCCAACCCCUCCCACUACCCCUGACCUUACCGUUCCAUCAAAGCCCCCAGAGCUCCCGUCGGCAGAAUGGUGAUGUCGGCACCUCUGGAGGGAAGGACCUCAUCUGGAGCCCCUCCUCCGUGUGCGGCAUGACCACGCCCCCAUCAUCCCGCGGCAUUUCUCCUACGAACGUCACUGACCUGUCCCAGAGUGCCUCCUACCUUCAGGGCCGUGUGCACGGCAUGCUGGGUGGCAAACGCACCCCUUGCUCCAGUACCCCGGGUACCUCCUCUUCAACGCCAACGCUCUCUGAUGAGUUUAUACACAUUUCUCUGGCACCCAGUGUAGCGGAGCCACCAAACAAGGAUGGGCGAGCCUUGGAGCACCCCAGACCCAGCCUGGUGAGACAAGAGCCUGUCAAAGAGACGGAGAAAAGCAGGCCUGAGAUGGCGCCACCCAGAGAUGGCUCCACAGAGAGCAUGAAGACGAUGACCCUGCCGGAGCUGUCCUUGUUCAUCAAGAAGCAGGAGCUGGAGCUGCGAGAGCGCACGGAGAAGGAGCGAGAAGAGGACGCCAUCACGGAGGAACUGCAGAAGAUAACAGCAGAGCAGUGCGAGCCGCCCGUCCUCCGGGGCGUCGACUCCCCUUUCUACCGCACUACAGAAAUGCUGACUGGCAUCAGGGAGAAGCCGCAGGUUCCGGUGCUGCCCGGCCUCCCCGCCGAGCUCCGGCACGCCGCCUCCACCCCAGACCGGCCCGAUGGGCCCCCCCAGCCCUCUGAGCGUCACGUGCCUUGGUCCUUCACCCCCAUCGACCGCUCCCUUCCUGGCCACACCCCCCACAGCCCAUUGGUCCCUGAUGAGGAGGCGGUGGGCCUGUUGUCCCCCAGUCCAUGCCGGGGGGGUGCCGUCCCGGCCUACGAGAGCCUGUUUGACCUGGCUCUUCCCAGGGCCGCCCUUGUGUAUGUGGCCAAGAGGACAUCGGAGGCCCAGAGGGUAGCUGGAGGGGAGGUGGAGCCGGAGGAGAAAGAGGGGGAGGGUGUGGCAGCCACGUCGCCCCUGGAGGUCCUGGACCGGCUCAUCCAGCAGGGCAGCGACGCCCAUGACAAGGUGCUCAGGAGACUACCUUUGCCAAGCAAGUCAGCUGACUGGACGCACUUUGGAGGCUCCGCCCCCCUGGACGAGCUGCACACGCUGCGCAGUCAGCUGAUCCUGCUGCACAGCCAGCUGCUGUACGAGCGCUACAAGCGGGAGCAGCACGCCGUCCGCAACCGGCGCCUCCUGCGGCGGAUCAUCAACGCCACGGCGCUGGAGGAGCAAAAUAUCGCCAUGAAGGACCAGCUGAAGCUGCAGGACGUGGAGAUCCAGUCGCUGCAGGCGAGCCUGCAGGUGGAGCAGCAGCGCUACCAGCAGCUGUGGGAGGACCGGGAGUCGGUGGUGACGCGGCUGUACAGUCAGGUCCGGCAGCUGCAGCAGAGCCGCGACGAGCACUACGGCAGGCACCAGGAGCUGCAGACCAAGCUGCAGGAGUGUCAGAGGAGGACAGGUGAGCUGGAGGCCGAGCUGCAGAGGGCCAAUAAUCGGGUGUGCAACACGGGGCACCAGCUGAGCCAGCUGUCCGUCAAGGUGAGGCCUCCUGCGAGCCACGGUGAUGUCAUUCGUGGGUCUCCUUCGCCAUCACUCUCUGACCAGGACAGUAUGCUAGAGCUUUACAGAU